GGGCGAUGCCGAUUCAUGUUCCGGGGCCCUCUGAUGCCAAUCCACGUUCGGGGGGCGAUGCGGUUCGAGCGAUCGCGAUGGACUCUCGCAUUGAAUUUUCCUUCAUUAAAAAAGAACAUGAAGAACCGCCAAGCCCUGAUGUGUUUCCUGAUGUGACGGUGAAACUUGAAGAUGUCGAUGACGCGCUGUUGAGCGAAGAGGAUGUGGAAGAAAAGCCCAGCCCUGAGAUUGUGCGGACGGUGAUGGUAAAGCAUGAAGAGGAAAUCACAGUUCCAGGACAGAAGAUUCCUAAGGUCGAGGAGGACGUCGGGAGGCCAGAGACAGGAUAUUUCUACGGUUAUUUCACCAAUCGAGACCGGACGGAGGUGUUGGCAUGCAACAUUGAUCAAGAUGAAACGAAAAAAAACGGGACACCUGUGUGAGGAAUGCGGCAGAGAUCUUGGUGGUAGACGCUUCAAGAAGACGACCGUGGGUGAAGCGAAACUCCCCGGGCUGCCACGGAAAGCCUGCACGCAUUGCGGGAAGCUGCUUCAAGAUGCCGUGACAAGCCCUGGGGAGGAGCAAUUCUUACAAACAACGACCGAGGAGGCUUCUUCGCCAUUCGACGAGUCGCGAGCGCAGGCGAUCGGCGCCGCUAGUGAGAGGACGCACACGUGUCUCGAGUGUGGGAAGGCGUUUCCCAAUAACUCUCAGCUCGUGAGGCACGCCAGGAUUCACAGCGGCAAGCGGCCGCACGUGUGCAGUGACUGUGGAAAGGGCUUUUCGGAUCAGUACAGAUUAAAGGUGCACUCCAGGUUGCACACUGGUGAAUGGCCACACGUGUGCAUGGAGUGUGGAAAGGGUUUUUCGGAUCUUUACAGAUUAAACCUGCACUCCAGAAUUCACACCGGUGAAUGGCCGCACGUGUGCAAGGAGUGCGGGAAGGGGUUCUCUUAUCAUUGCAGUUUGAAGGCGCACUCCAGAAUACACACUGGCGAACGGCCGCACAUUUGCAACGUGUGUGGCAAGGGAUUUAGACGGCGCUCCAACCUGGACACACACUCUGUAACCCACACGGAUGAAAAGCCCUAUGUGUGCAAUGAGUGCGGGACCAGUUUUUCACUGCGUUCUACUUUGGAGAGGCAUUCCAGAAUCCCACACUGGCGACCGCCCGUAUGUUUGCAAGGAUUGUGGCAAGGGCUUUUCACGGUUUUCUACUUUCGAGACUCACUCUAGAACGCACACGGGCGAACGCCCGUACGUUUGCAAGGA